UCCAGAGCUGUGAGCAGAAGCAUUUGCGCAGAUAGUCUGCGCUGCAACAAGACGCUCUCUGUUUCCCAGCCUUGGAAGUUAUUGUUGUUUUUUUUUCCAUUUUUGCACCUCUGCUGCUCCCUCCGCCUGCAAAGGAGCACGCAUUGACAGCAGCCAGCUUGCGACAGACUGCAUCAGGGAUUUACGAUGGUGAUUAAAGUCUACAUAGCAACGUCCUCUGGAUCCACCUCGAUUAAAAAGCAGCAGCAGGACGUGAUGGGCUUCCUGGCAGCUAAUAAAAUCGAGUUUGAGGAGUGCGACAUCGCGGCCAAUGAGGCCAACAGGAAGUGGAUGAGAGAGAAUAUACCGGAGGAGUCCAGGCCUGCCCAGGGGAACCCACUCCCCCCACAGAUUUUUAAUGAAGAGAAAUACUGCGGGAACUACGAGGCCUUCUUCGAUGCCAGAGAGGACAACGCUGUGUAUGCAUUUCUGGGUCUGACUGCUCCCCCAGGUUCCAAGGAAGCAGAGGCUCUAGCGAAGAAAGCGGCGCAGUAGCAUCCUCACUCCGUUUCCACCUUACACCUCAGGCCUUUCCCGAGACCCAGACCCAGAACAGCCCCGGAAAACAACAACAACAACAAAGAAGAAGAAGAAGAAAACCCGGAGCGACUCACCCCUCGGCUUAUAAACGCACGGACUGUUCAUAAUUACUUUACUCAGUAUGUUUUCUUAUAUUUCCGCUGUGCCUUUCCAGCAGCAGUGAAAGGAGGUGAAAGCAUGGAGCGCUAUGGAUAUCUGUCACCUCCUGCUAACCUCAGCCUGCUAAACCCAAUAGCGUGAUGACAUGCCAAUCAACCAUCAGCAUCAAGGUGCAAACCACAUCAUCAGGCACAGACUAGAGUGUUGAAGCAACGUUAGCAAGAUUCAGGGUGUUACUGAUGUUAUCAUUAAUUCACAGCACUUAAUGUUCAUUUACCUGAAGAGUCGGAUGGUUUCAGAGUCUUAAAUCCUGGAAACGCCUAAUCAAAUAUUUGGCAGGUGCCAGUCGUUAAACUUCAGCUGCUUCCUGGACAAAUGAUCCGUUAGCCUCUAUUUUUACCUACUUGAUAUUGUCUUAAAGCUAAUUUAAUCGCAAUCUUUUCUUUCUGAGAAGUCGAAGUUGUUUAAAAAUGCGAAUACCUGCCAAGUGGCCAAAUGAGGGAUUGUUUUCUAUAUUAUUGUUAUUUGCUGUGUUUGUAUUUUGACAAAAGCUGCAGUAGGAACCAUGUUUCCCAUUGUGUUUCCUGUUUCUGUUCAACGCUCCCGCCCGAAUUUAAAUAAAACAUAAACACCAAUGUC